CAGUCAGUUGUCGACUACGUGUCUGGACGAUUGGUUAGCAUAAUGGUUGUGCUGUUUUGUAUGCUGUUCGUCAUCGGCUUAUGUCGUUGCAAUGAUCUUCCAUCAAAAACUGAAGUCGAAAGCUCGAUCAACCGAACAAUCGACGAAGUCGAAAGAUUGGUUCGCCAAAAUUCUACUUUGCCAUACCUCACCAGACAUGAGAUUAUUGACAUCCUUUUUAAUAUCACAUCCAAAGAUCUUGAGCCAUACCAGAACAAAAGUACAAUGGAAGAAGCGAGAAAUAUCUAUCAAAAAGCUUUGAUGGUAGUUUUGCCUUACAAAGCAGAAGACGCAAGAGAAAACAUCAAGGAUCUACAUACCAAACCGCCAAUAGUUCAAGUAAUUGCAGAUCCUUCUUCCAAUCCGGAAGAGUUUGAAAUGUGGAAAAACAAAAACUUACAGGCAAACAUACUCAUGCAAGAAAUGCAACAUGAUAAAAAAAAACAAUUUCUCGAAAAUUUUGUAGUAACAUAUGCUCCAAAGGAAAACUUAGUAAAGGAAGAACACGCUGAACAAACGCAAUAUAAAAAUCACAGAGAAACGUAUUCGGAAGCGUCUUCGAAGGUACCUAUGAAAGAGACACUAAAUGAUUCAGCGCCAAUCAAAUUUAGCUUUAAUCUGGAAAAUCUGCAAAAGCAAUCGACCAUUGCUGAAAAACAAAUAACUACCACUAGACAACCAGUGUUUCAAGGCUCUUCAUUAAUUAAAGACAAAGAAGUUUAUGUAGUAUAUAGUACCAAUCGAGUACUAGCGACAACAAUCCCCCCUCGAACAGUAGAGACGAAAAAGUAUAUCUCAAUGUUUAACUUGGAAUCUGAGAGAGAAAAAGAAAUGACGUCCCGUCCUUUAAAAUAUAAUGAAAAUGUUUUGUCUGUUGACCAAUGGCGAUAUAACGCACCAACAACAGAAAGUACCACAAUGUUAACAAAAUUUCCAGAUACGCUUUUUAAAAAAAUUCGCGACAAACAGCAGCUUUUUCCAACUGCUACUACACAAAUGCCAUUGGAAAAUAUAGCACCGACUAAUAAAAUUAAGUACAUUCCAGAGAGUUCAAAGGUAACAUCCGAAAAAAUACAAAUCGUGAAUGCUGAACAAUCACAUCCUAUCUACGUGACACCAAUGCCCUUCUCUUCACCUUUACCUUCUUCUUCUUCCUCCACUUCGCCGGCGCGUGAGAGGGAAAAAUUAAAUUCCACUUAUAUAUACAAUUUAAACUCUGGAGGUUUUCGCAAAAUCACAACGACAACAACGACAACAAUGCGUCCAGAAGUAAUGGAAUUGCUUGCCUCGAUUGGACUUCGACCGGAAAAUGCUACAAAUGUAGAAGAUGUAUUUAUAAAGAAUAAUAAAGAUUUUUUGGAGAUAAAAUCUCGAAUUCCUAACAGUAACGGUUUAGUCUAUACAACUUCCUCCAGUCUGACAGCUGUUGUGCGCGAUUCAUCAUCGAUAAAUGCUCAAAACACCUUCGAGAAUCCUGUUUCAGAGAUCGGGAAAGGCAUGAACAAUCUAACACCUGAUGUACGAUUACUUUUUGAAAAGUUUGGUUUACAAACAUCCAAUCUAGUAGCAACCACAUCGUCCCCGCUGAAGACAAGUAACACAAACUCUUAUACCAACUUCAAACCUUUGCCAACAUCUAAAAUAAAAAACGAAGAUAUGAAAGAAUUUUUAGCGAAAUUCGGACUUGGUGUUAGCGACAGCAGACAGAAAAAGGCCAUGUCGGCAUCAACGGAACGCCCAUCGUUGAUCGAAGUCGUUCCAGAUAACAUGAGGCAGAUUCUGGAGAACAUAGGCCUCUUAUCUCGCAAGACAUCGAGAACAAUAUCGAAGAUGGAAAAUAUCAAACCAACGAAAACAACCCAGUUUCACGUGUUCAAACCUCACGAGGUCCGUGUAAAGGAUGAAGGGGAGAGAAUGAAGAUUAACGAACUCUUAGACAAAAUUAGAUUAGUCCAGGAAGGAAAAGCAAGCGCAACAGACGUACGAAAAGUAGCCGAUAAUCUGCUUGCUACUACAAAAACUCUAAAGGAUGGGCCGGAUCCGCUGAGUCUAGAAGAGAUGAUUGAAACUUAUAAUGUAAACGUAAAAAAUGAAGUAAAAAGACAACAGAAUCUGAAAGAAACCAUUGAAACUACUACCAAUGACGAUCGAGUUCUUUCAGCGCCUACUGAGUCUGCAGACGUUUCCUCGAUAACGAUGACGACUAUGGCCACAAUUCCGAUGACUUCAGAUUCCACAAAGGAUGGUUCAAACUUCCGUGAUGCAUUAACACCAACUCCAGAGUCAUCGACAUUUGCAAAUACAAAUCUUGCGGCAUUGGAAGAAUCCUUCGGUGGUACUACACCUGCACCGGAUCCUGUUCUGCCAACCAAACGAAGAAACGGGCUAUAUUUUCUCUUGGACUGGAAUACCUUCCUUGAGGUCGGCGAUGAAGAUAGUGAGAAAGUGAAUCUGAGAUUUGAGCCAAAAGUUGGCGAUAGAACGAGAUUUUUGCCAGUCAGCGUGCCUUAAUUUAUAGUAAUAUAUUAUUAAUUUUGAUGAAAUAUUGUCUUAAAAACGUUAAUUUAAUUUAUAUA